UAUUUAAUACCAUAGCUGUUAAAUCUGUAACUCACAAGCAUAAAACAGACUCCUUCCUCAUUGCAUGAGGUACUGCAGACUAGCUUUUUUGUGACAAAAUAUCAUAAUAUAAUCUGUAAAGUACAAACACUGGUUUAUAUUCAUGUUCUUUACUUACUGCUGUUAAUAUUUCAUGAAAAUAACUAAUUUGUUGUUAAUAUUGUUUUCUUAAAAAAUGCUGAUUUAAAGGGAUUGCUUCAAAGGACAAUCAACCAGUGUCAUCCUUGUUUCUACAAUAGUGCUCUGCCCCUUUAAUUGCUGGAGCUCUGAUCUCUGAAAUUUGUACUUCCUGUGUCAUGACAGUUAAGCCUGCAGAAAAGUAUUUUUUUUUCCUGGUUUGCAUGCAUUCUUUAGACAAAGGAGUUUAUCUUCUCAGUUUGUUUGAUAGUGGCUAUUCCUUCUGUGCAGGAUUGCACUGACAGGAUAUGGGACAAUACAAAACCUUCUGUCCUGAAUACAGACAAAUUUCCUGUCAAGGACUACACAGUGAGUGAACUGUCCAGUAAUAUGGUUCGAACGAAUCUGCGGCACACAACAGUGGGAAAACAGUCCAUGGAGAAAGAAAAGAUGCAGCAUUUAUUUGCUGAAAAUGAGAGAACAGAAUACUGCUGUAAGGAACACAAAAGGAGACUGGAGUUAUUUUGCCAAGAAGAUGAAAGCUUUGUUUGUGUCCUGUGCAUUCCAACACACUCCACUCACAGUUUUGUAUUCUUGCAAGAUGCAGUCAUUAUGUAUGAGGACAGUGUUAGAGCAAUCUUAUCGUCUUUAGAAUUCAAAGUUACUGCCCUCAAACAUUUUCAGAACAAGCAUGAGACAGAACUUGUAAACAUACAAGGAGGUGCCCGUAGCUUGGAGCAACACAUCAUGGCAGAGUUUGAAAAACUGCACCAAUUUCUUCAAGACAAAGAACAAAACCUUAUCCAACAGCUGAAUAGUAUACAGGCACAGAUUCUGACAGAGCUGAAAGAAGAACUGGGAUGCAUUAAAAUUGAAGAACUUGAAUGCAUUAAAAAUGAUGUUACAGUCAAUCGGGCCACCCAGGAGACAUUGUCUACUGCUAGGGUACAGCAGGAACUGCAGGAUCCUGUAAAUGUUCUAACUGUACCAAAAAACUUUGAGGAUGUUGCUGUCACUUUCUCCGAAGAGGAAUGGAAGAUGUUGAAAAAUGAAGACAAGGAUCUUUACAGGGAGGUCAUGGAACAGAACUAUAAAACCUUGAUUUCAUUAGGAUACAAAAUUCCCAAAAACAAAUUAUUACUACUGUUUAAAGGAGAUAAAGAAAACCCAAAACAUACAACAGAGGUGAAACAUACAAUAGAAAAGAAGGAACAUUCUGAAGAUAACCCUAACAGUGUCGGAAUCACUGAAAGCAGUGUGAAUAGAAAUCCCCAACCCCUUCUGGGAUCAUCACAGUUAUGUCACAAAACAGAAGACCUACAACACUGUACUCAGCCUGUGAACGUUGCCUACAAGCUUCCUGACACUCCUGUACCACAGCAUUGCACAAAACAGAAAAGCAGCAAGAGUUCUGAGUGCAACAAGACUUGUACUAUACAGCAAACCCCAGUAGUGUGUCAGAAAAUCCUUACAGAGGAGAAACCAUUUGAAUGUACUGAUUGCAACAAGUGUUUCACAAAACGAAGUAAACUUGCAGCCCAUAGACGAGUACACACAGGCGAGAGACCAUAUAAAUGUACAGAAUGUAGCAAGAGUUUCACAAUGAGAAGUUCUCUUAAAACACACCAGCGGUUUCACUCUGGGCAGACACCAUAUCAGUGUUCAGAAUGCGGUAAGAGUUUCACGCAAGAAAGUACACUUAUAGUACAUAAACGAGUUCACACAGGGGAGAAGCCGUAUAAAUGUACAGAGUGUAACAAGAGUUUCACACAGCGAGGUACCCUUACAACACAUCAGAGAUUUCAUUCGGGAGAGAAACUGUAUACCUGCACAGAAUGCAACAAGAGUUUCACACGUCUAAACAAGCUUUUAACACAUGAACGUGUUCACACAGGGGAGAAACCAUAUAAAUGUGCUGAUUGCAACAAAAGUUUCACACAACAAAGUUCCCUUAAAAUGCAUGUACGGUUACAUUCAGGUGAAAAACGAUAUAAAUGUGCCAAAUGUAGCAAAUGUUUCACAUGGCACAAUCAGUUGCUUCGUCAUGAAAGCACUCAUACAGGAGAGAAGCCAUAUAAGUGUGCCCAUUGUAGUAAGUGUUUCACACUGCACAGGUUUCUAGUACGUCAUCGUGUUAUUCACACAGGUGAAAAGCAGUAUAAAUGUACAGAGUGUAGAAAGAGCUUCAUUCAGCGAAGUAACUUCUUAAAACAUCAGCAAAUUCACAUGAGAAAAGUGCUGCAGUCAGUUUACAAGACUACUUCCUGUGUCAUGAAAAUGAAACUAAAAAAACAAAAGCAGACGGUUGUCAUGAUAGCAUGCAGCUUGAGAUCCGGACGUAGUAUCUUAGGUGCAGCUGUUUAUGGACUUGCUUAUUAUGUGCAUCAGUUCUGUGGGUCCUGUGCUAACAAUUUAAACACACACGUAUCUAAGCCCUGCCUUGAAUUCAGACUGGAUUUUUCUGUAAAGAUUUGUACAGUGAUAAACUUGUUUGGUAGCAUGGUUCGGAGACAUCAGAUUCUUAAGAAAGUAUGCUCAAAAGUGGGAAGAGAGAAUAUAGAUAAACAAAUGCUGCAGAAUCAGUGUGCUAAUAAAGAAAGACCACAACACUGUUGUGGAAAGCACAGACGGAGACUGGAGCUAUUCUGUCAGGAGGAUGAGUCCUUUGCCUGUGUGCAUUGUGUUCCCACACAUCCCAGUCACUGUUUUGUAUUACUGCGUGAAGCAGUCAAUGUAUACAAGGAUAAAGUAAAACUUGCUUUAGCAGCUCUAGAAUCCAGAGCAGUUGCCCUUAAAAACUUACAAAAUAAGCAGGAGAAGGAACUCCUAGAUAUACAGGAAGAUGCUCAUAGUGUGGAGCAGUAUAUUACAGAGGAGUUUGCAAAACUGCACCAGUUCCUACAAGAGAAGGAACAGAAUCUUAUCCAACAACUCAAGAGUGAAGAAGCAAAGAGUCUGAACAAGUUCAAAGAAGAUCUGGAAUUAAUUAAAGGUGACAUGUCUGCCACCAAGGAGAUGGCAUCUGUUACUGACACACAGCUGGAAGAAGAUCCUGUAGAUUUUCUGUCUGUACCAAAAGCAUUUGAGGAUGUUGCUGUCACUUUCUCAGAAGAGGAGUGGAAGUUGUUAAGAAAACAAGACAAGGAGCUUCACAGAGAGGUGAUGUUGCAAAACUAUGAAACCUUGGUUUCAAUAGGAUAUAGAAUCCCCAGAAAGAAACUGCUGCUACUAUUUAAAGCAGAGAAGGAGCUGCCAAGUGCUGAUGUUGAGCAGCAAAAUGCAACAGAGCACAAAGAUCGUCUUGAAGAUAACUCUAAAAGCACUGAAAGGACAGAGUAUAAUGUGAGUUACAGUCACCAGCCAUUACUCUGGAGAACCCAGUUACAUCACAAAACAGAAAACCUGACAUUGUGCUCUCAGCCAGUAAGGAGUUUCUGCAAGUCUCCUGUCACUCCUGAACCACAGCCUUGCACAAAACAGGAGGGAAGUAAGAACUCAGAAACUGACAACGUUACUGUGCAUCAAAGCUCAAAAAUAUGUGAUCAACGGCAGAUAGUAGAAAAUGGUUAUAAGUGCGGUGAAUGUAACAAGUGUUUCCCACAGAGAAAGAAACUUGCAAUGCAUAAACGAGUUCAUACUGGGGAGAAGCCAUAUAAAUGUGUUGUAUGUAGCAAGCAUUUUACACAAAGCAGUAAUCUUUCAGUUCAUAAACGUCUUCACACUGGAGAGAAACCUUUUAAAUGUUAUGAAUGUCACUGGAGUUUUGCACGACGAGGUAACCUUUUAGUGCAUCAAAGAGUUCACACGGGAGAGAAACCUUAUGGGUGUGAUGAAUGCGGCAAAUGUUUUGCACAACAGAAUGCACUGAUAAAACAUCGACGAGUUCACACUGGAGAGAAGCCGUACAAAUGUGAUGAAUGUAGCAAGAGUUUUACACAACAGAAUGGACUCAUAAAACACCACAGAGUUCACACGGGAGAGAAACCUUACAAAUGUGCUGACUGUAGCAGGAGUUUCAGACAACGAUAUCAGCUUAAAAAACACGAGCAAGUUCACAUGGUAAAGAAACAAUCAUGAUGGAAAACUGCAGAAGUAACCAAACUGUCUGUAGUGUGUAUGUGAAUUACAGAAUAGUUCACGAUCAAAAAUUAUAAUGUGCUUGUAUAUGUACACAUUGCAAAAAAUGUUGAUAAAUUAUACUUUGUUAUAAAAAAAAACUGUGAAAUUACAAUUCAGUCACAAGCAGACUCAAAGUACUAUGCCAGAUAAUACUGAAUCUUAGAAGCUUAUUUCAGUGUGAUUCUUUUUUUUAAACCUUUACCAGUUAAGAUGUUUGGCUAACAGAUUAGGCUACAAAACCCAAAAGAGAUGAAGCUGACAAAUGACAUCAGAUUUCCUUAUGAUGUAAGCAACAUAAAACUUGGUAGUUGUAACUAGUAGGUAAAAGUACAACUAAAAUGGUUGCAGAUUUUUACCUAUGGCCUUCAUAAAUGUACAAAACAGCAAAUAGCUGUUUUGUAGGUUGAGACUUGAACUGCAUAAUCACUUGUGAAAUGACUUUUGGUGUAUCCCUCUGCUCAGUCAUGUAUAAUUUAUAUAAACAAUUAGUGUAAGGAAAUCUGUAGAGGUUUACUAUAUAGUCCCUCAACAUGCAGUUUCUGAUGUUUAUUCCCUGCAUUUGCGCACUUUUGAAUUGUCUGUAUUAAUACUUGUCUCAACUGUUUUACCCGAGAACACUUCCUUCUCUCUAUAGAAAUCUGCAAUAAAUUGUACCGACACUAAUUUACUCAA